AUGUGGUCCCAACAACGUGGGGAUAUCAUUGGAUAUGAUCUUUCAGAAGACUUUUGUGCAUCAGCUAAUCAAUGGUCACUACCUAGACAAGGAAGCCUUCGUUUAGAUAUUAAAUUUGCUGAACCUCUGAAAGAGAACGUCAACUUGAUUAUUUAUAGUGAAUUUGAUAAUUUAAAAGAAAUUGAUAGUGACCGUAACGUCUAUUUAGAUUAUGCUAGUUAA